UGGAUGGGACUGCAAAUGAAUAAUGACAACAGAACUUAAAAGGUGUGGAAAAAAUCAUGCGAGUCAGACUCAUCAACUGAAAAUCGUUUUGGUGAGCAAACAUAUAUGCACCUUUCUCUACUGGCGCGCCCAUGCUAACUAUCACCUUGUAUAUGUGCUUAUAUAUAUAGUGAUGUGUGUGUGGCUUUGUAUUCAGUCACAAGUCCUUUCUUUCUCCGACUUUACCAAAACAAUUGUCUCACUAAGUAGCCAUCAUGGGCAGAAUGAUGUUGUGUUUUCUUGUUUCCUUGUAUUUAUGCCUCAUUGGCCAUAUGACUGGUGAGGCUGCAAGAGAAGGGGCGUUCAUGAGAGGUGAAGCAGGAUCCAAUGAGAUAAGAAAGAGUAACCGACACGUAACCGGAUUUAAGGGUCAACUCACUGCUGGUGGCUAUGGCGGAGGUGGCCCGGGAUAUGGUGGAUACGGGCCAGGUGGUGGUGGUGGUGUUGUGAUCGGUGGUGGAGGUGGGUUUGGGUCCGGUGGUGGUUUGGGUUGGGAUGGAGGCAACAGAGGCGGUGGACCAGGAUAUGGGUCAGGUGGUAUUGGUGGUGGAGUCAUCAUUGGCGGUGGUGGUGGGUGUGGCGGUUCAUGUGUUGGUGGUGGGUGUGGCAGUUCAUGCGGUGGUGGUGGUGGAAGAUAUGGACAUGAUGGAGUUAGCAUGAAGGAAUCAGGCAAAAACUAGAAAAAAACAAGCAGCUUUCUUUAGAUCAUAAACUCAAGAAAAGAGAGGAAUAAGGAUGUACUUUAGCAUCUUGAUCAUGCUUAGGAGUUUGUAAUGGUAUCACUUUCAAUGGAAUAAGAAGAAACAUAAGUGUUAGAAA